AUGAAGAACCCAAUCGCCAUUCCGGGACUGCACUACAUCCCCAAUGCCAUCACCGAGGAGCAGGAGCAGCAGAUAUUCCGUAUUGUGGACUCACGGCCAUACUCCACAACGAUUCACCGGCGACAGCAGUUCUACGGCGAGCGAUACUACCACACGACACAUGAUUUGACAGCCCUGCAGCCCAUGACCGAACAGCAGGCCAAGCUCCAAUCCUAUCCGCUCGAGGAUAUGCAGUGGCUCCUUGACCAUCUUUUGCCCAAGGUCGCCAUGGUCACAAGCGUCGUGAAUGACACUCAGCCGCCGACCCAGAUCCUCGUCAACGAAUACCGCGAGAACAUGGGCAUCGCCAGCCAUUUCGAGGAUGCCCUGGCCUUUGGCUCCUACAUCCUCACCCUUUCCCUCCGCAAUCCCAUUUGGAUGACGAUGAAGCUGCCUCGGGAGCACACCAACCACUGCUCCGACAUCCUGCAGCAGACACGGGUGCUACUGGAGCCCCGGAGUCUGCUUGUCAUGUCCGGCGAAUCCAGAUUUGACUGGCGGCACGGCAUAUCGAAGACCAAGACCGUCGAGGGGCCUGGAGGCAUGCCGGCAGUCAAGCGAGAUUGUGGCUAUCGACGAAUCAGCCUAACGAUUCGGUAUUUGCUCGAUGGACGCAAGCGGACACUGUCUGACCGGAAUGUACCCUGGGCUCCAAGACCAUGA